UCAUCAUCUUCAUCAUGUAGGUGAACGUCUAAUUGCAGCUUUUCGUCGAAAAUAUGGAGUGCACUGUUUUCAGAAGCUCCUCCUCUCUGCUUCCUCUCAGGCCCUCUUCGUCUCAUCAGUUUCAAGGCGCUAAAUUCCCUCCAAAGCUCAGAUUGUCUGUUCUUUCGAAUCGUCGUCUAGGGAUAAGGAGCUAUCGUGGGCCGGAUGGAAAUGGUUCCGGUAAUGGGUUUCCGAUCGCACCCGACAAGGUUUUCAUAGAAGAGGCUAUUGGAGCUGAAUACGGAGAAGGUUUUGAGACUUUCAGACCAGAUGGACCUCUCAAAGUUGAUGUGGAUUUUCUGAAUGACCGACUACAAGAGGGAUUUCUUCAACGAAUCCGCUAUGCCAUGAAACCUGAUGAAGCAUAUGGUCUUAUUUUCUCUUGGGACAAUGUGGUGGCUGAUACUCGGGCCUUGAAGUUGAAAGCUUGGAAAGACCUUGCUUACGAAGAGGGAAAGGAAAUUCCUGAAGAUGGUGAUUCACAAAGACUCUUGCUUUAUGCAGGUGCUGAUCAUGUUCUGCAUAAGAUUUUACUCUGGGCGAAGGCAGAAAGUGAACUGGAUAGACUGAAGCUGAGGCUUUCACAACUAUAUUAUGACAAUCUUCUUAAACUUUCAGAACCCAUGGAUGGACUAGAAGAAUGGCUGGAUGCAGUAUCUACAGCUCGGAUACCUUGUGCUGUUGUUUCAAGUCUUGAUCGCAGGAAUAUGGUUGAAGCCUUGGAGAGAAUGGGGCUGAAGAAGUAUUUCCGUGCAAUUGUGUCAGAAGAAGAUGGCAUGGAAUCAAUAGCUCAUAGAUUUCUCUCAGCAGCUGUAAAGUUGGACAGGAAACCCUCCAAGUGUGUGGUGUUUGAGGAUGAUCCUAGGGGUGUCACUGCUGCUCACAACUGCACAAUGAUGGCUGUGGCAUUGAUCGGUGCUCACCCAGCGUAUGAUCUUGGACAAGCCGAUCUUGCGGUUGCCAGCUUCAGUGAGCUUUCUGUGAUUAACCUCCGGAGGUUAUUCGCUCACAAGGGUUCCAAUUUCAUGGAUUUGCAGAAGCAGAUCAUAGAGAAAACUCCGCCCAGAAGGAAGCUUACUAUUGAUACCAUCCUCUGAUCCAUUUCCAACCCCACCACCCAAAAUACUUUCUUGUAAUUAUGCGGCGAACUAUCUUCUGAUUUGUUCUUUUUAUUUUAUUUUUUUACCUUUCUUCCAAAGUGUAAACAUGUUAGCAUAUUCACAUUUAUUUUUUGGAUUCACAAGUGAUGAAUAAAAAAUUGUUCAGUGUAUCCUAAUGCCAAGAAUUUGUGCAUGAACCCUCGCUAUAUGAAGUCAGUUUCUUAUUGCC